AUGUGGAUCACUCUCACCAUCCUCACCCUGUUCCUGGUCAAUCAGAGAGGAUGUCAGGGUGCCAGCCAAGUGCCAAAGAACCAAGAAGAAGUUCUCACUUGUUCGGAGACCUGUUACCCUCAUGACUGUGCAGAUGUGGCCUCUCAAGGAGCAAAAGCAGAUGGAGUGUACCUGAUAUAUCCUGGAGGAAAAUACUCAAAUCCUAUCGCUGUGUACUGUGACAUGACCACCAAAGACGGACCCUGGACUGUCUUCCAGAAGAGGUUUGAUGGAAAAGUGAGCUUUUACCGAGGUUGGAAAGAGUAUAAAGCCGGGUUUGGAAGAGCGGAUGGAGAGUACUGGUUGGGUCUGCAGAAUAUCUACCUCCUGACCCUGAAGAAGACCUAUCGCCUCAGAAUCACCUUGGUGGAUUGGGAUGACGUUGAUCGCUUUGUGACAUAUGAAGACUUUGCCCUCUCUCGUCUAGCGGUUGACCCAGAAGAAGAUGGCUACAAACUAUACUUGGAAGGGUUUAAAGAGGGUUAUCCAGACAAACCCGCUGGGAAUUCUCUGCCCGGUCACAUUGGGAUGAAUUUUUCAACGCAUGACAAUGAUAGAGAUGUCACCGUCCAUAAUUGUGCUGAGAUGUAUCAUGGUGCAUUUUGGUAUAACCAGUGCCAUGGUGCCAACCUGAAUGGAAAAUAUCAAAAUGGUACCACCAAGGAGUACGCUACUGGUCUGGUUUGGGCCUCUGCUAAAGGAGCCUACUAUUCCUUUAAGAAGACGACAAUGAUGAUAUCACCAUCUGUUACUGCAGCCUGA